AUGAUAACAAAUUUAUUCUCUGUAUUCGAUCCCUCAUCAAGCAUUUUCAAUUUAUCAUUAAAUUGAAUAAGAACAUUCUUAGGAUUAUUAUUAAUCCCAUCAGCUUACUGAUUAAUACCAUCACGAUGACAUAUUUUUUGAAAUUCUAUUUUACUAACACUACAUAAGGAAUUCAAAACCUUAUUAGGUCCCUCAGGUCAUUCAGGUUCAACCUUCAUUUUCGUUUCAUUAUUUUCUCUAAUUCUAUUUAAUAAUUUUAUAGGUUUAUUCCCUUAUAUCUUCACAAGUACAAGUCAUUUAACAUUGACCCUUACCUUGGCUCUUCCUCUAUGAUUAUGUUUUAUAUUAUACGGAUGAAUUAACCACACUCAACACAUAUUCGCCCAUCUAGUGCCUCAAGGAACUCCAGCAGUACUAAUACCAUUCAUGGUAUGUAUUGAAACUAUUAGUAAUAUUAUUCGGCCAGGAACUUUAGCUGUUCGACUAGCGGCUAAUAUAAUCGCAGGACACUUAUUAUUAACCCUAUUGGGAAAUACUGGCCCUUCGUUAUCUUACAUUAUUGUAUCUUUUUUAUUAAUUGGACAAAUUGCUUUAUUAGUACUUGAAUCAGCUGUAGCUAUUAUUCAGUCAUAUGUAUUUGCUGUUUUAAGUACUUUAUACUCUAGUGAAGUAAAUUAA